AUGGCUGGAUCUCGGCUGGUGCAGAUGUUGUUUCUCUCUCACAUGGUGUGCAAAGCAGAUGCAGCCAGGUGUUCUGCGAUUGAUCCUGUGGACGUUCCACAUGAGUGGCACCAGCCAGGUGAAAUCCUUAUUGGUGGGAUCACAUCUCAUGUCAAUUACAUAUUCCCCAAAGUUUCCUUUGAGAAGGAGCCUUCUAAGAACUGGAUUGAACGUUCAGUGGUGACCAAGUUCUACCAGCACCUCCUGGCCUUGGCAUUUGCGAUUGAGGAAAUCAAUGAGAAUCCCAAGAUCUUACCUAAUGUUACUCUUGGAUUCCACAUCUGUGACAGCUACUCUGAUGCAAGAAUGACCUAUCGUACCACUAUGGAUCUUCUUUUCAAAUCUCAUAGGUUUACCCCCAACUACAAAUGUGGCAUCCAGAAAAACCUAAUAGGAAUCAUUGGGGGACUUCACUCUGAUAUUUCUACACACAUGGCCAACAUCUUACGUCUGUACAAGGUUCCACAGGUACCUCCCUUCUCUUUGUGCAACGCCAACUGCCGGUCUGGUCACCAUAAGAAAACAAAGGAGGGGGAGAAAUUUUGUUGCUAUGAUUGUGCGCCAUGUCCAGAAGAGAUGAUUGCGUAUGAGGAGGCUCUGGUGCUUGGAAUCUUCAUUAAGCACCGAGAAACUCCCAUCGUCAAAGCCAACAACCAAAGCCUCACCUACCUUCUCCUCAUCUCUCUCCUUCUGUGCUUCCUCUGCUCCUUGCUCUUCAUUGGACGGCCCAACAAAGUGACCUGCCUCCUCCGACAAACAGCUUUCGGCAUCGUCUUCUCGGUGGCAGUUUCUUGCGUUUUGGCCAAAACCGUUACAGUGGUGAUGGCUUUCAUGGCCUCUAAGCCAGGAAAUAUUUUCCAGAAAUGGAUGGGGAAAAGACUGGCACACUCUAUUGUCUUUUCCUGCUCCCUCGUUCAAAUCUUCAUGUGCUUGGUUUGGUUGGGGAAUUUCCCUCCUUUCCCAGAUUUAGACAUGCACUCAUCGAAUGGAGAAAUCAUUGUGCAAUGUAAUGAAGGAUCAGCCACCAUGUUUUACUGUGUCUUGGGCUUCAUGGGCAUCUUGGCCAUCAUCAGCUUCACUAUGGCCUUCCUAGCCAGGAAGUUACCAGACAGUUUCAAUGAGGCCAAGUUCAUCACCUUCAGCAUGCUGGUCUUCUGCAGUGUUUGGCUCUCAUUCGUUCCAACUUAUCUGAGCACAAGAGGGAAAGACAUGGUAGUCGUGGAGAUCUUCUCCAUCUUGGCCUCCAGUGCUGGGCUGCUGGGCUGCAUCUUUUCCCCCAAAUGCUAUAUCAUUAUUUUGAGACCUAAGCUGAACAACAGAGAGCUCCUUAUGAGGCGAAAAUCUUAA